UGUGGCGUUGCUGGGGCGCGGAUUCCCGAGUGUCACGGUCAUUGGUCGGGGCGUGUCUCCACGUGACCGGCUAUCCUCCAGCGUUCCCAAGAGCGGGGACAUUGCGGAUUCUGGGCUGGGGAAUGGAGAAAGCGCAGGCGAAGCUGGAGCUGCAGCCGGAGGGGGAGCAGGACCCGGAGGCGGAGGCAGCGACCCGGGCACUGCUCACCGAUCUCUACCAAUUCACCAUGGCCGUGGCCUACUGGCGGGCGGGCCGGGCCCGGGAGCCCGCGGAGUUCGAGCUCUUCUUCCGUCGCUGCCCCUUCGGGUCGUCCUUCGCUCUGGCCGCGGGGCUGCGGGACUGCAUGCGCUUCUUGCGCACCUUCCGCCUCCGUCCGGCAGAUAUAAAGUACUUGGCCUCCGUGCUCCCACCAGACACGGACCCUGCAUUCUUUGAAUACCUGCAGGGACUGGACUGCUCUGGGGUGACGAUUCGGGCACAGCCUGAGGGCUCCCUCGCCUUUGCCCAUGUACCGCUGCUCUGCGUGUCUGGGCCUCUCCUCCUGGUGCAGAUCCUGGAGACCCCCUUGCUCUGCCUCAUCAAUUACGCCAGCCUCGUGGCCACUAACGCAGCUCGGCUGCGCCUGAUUGCGGGGCCGGAGAAGCGGCUGCUAGAGAUGGGGCUUCGUCGGGCGCAGGGUCCAGACGGCGGUCUCACCGCCUCCACCUACAGCUACCUGGGCGGCUUUGACAGCAGCAGUAACGUGUUGGCCGGGCAGCUGCGAGGGGUGCCUGUGGCUGGCACCCUGGCUCACUCCUUCGUCACCUCCUUCUCUGGCUCCGAGCAGCCCCAUGUCCCGAUGCUGGCUCCAGCAUCUGGGCAAGGUCCUCCCAGGGACCUUUCCACUCUUGCCAAGUCUUGGCUAGGCAAAGUGUGUGAGUGCCUGGGCCUGAAGGCAGAAGAGACUCACCCAGGGGAACGGGCAGCCUUCGUGGCCUACGCCCUGGCUUUCCCCAAAGCCUUCCAGGGGCUGCUGGACUCCUACAGUGUCAUGCGGAGUGGCCUUCCCAAUUUCCUGGCCGUGGCUUUGGCCCUGGCAGAGCUGGGUUACCGGGCAGUGGGCGUGCGCCUGGACAGUGGAGAUCUCCUGCAACAGGCCUGGGAAAUCCGAAGCAUUUUCCGGAAGUGUGCCUCCCGUUUCCAGGUGCCCUGGCUGGAGGCUGUGUCCAUCGCAGUGAGCAACAACAUAGAUGAGAAGGUGCUGACCCGGCUGGCCAGGAAGGACAGCGAGGUGAAUCUCAUUGGCAUUGGCACCAGUGUAGUCACGUGUCCCCUCCAGCCGUCCCUGGGCUGUGUCUACAAGCUGGUGUCUGUGAGGGGACAGCCGUGUCGGAAGCUGACCGAGGACUCGGAGAAGCAGACGCUGCCGGGGACGAAGGCGGCAUUCCGGCUCUACAACCCAGAAGGAGCCCCAAUUCUGGACCUGCUGCAGCUGGAGGAGGAGCCAGCGCCCCGGGCCGGGCAGGAGCUCAGGGUGUGGCUCCUGGAUGUCUCGGGAGGGGCCUGCAGAAGCCUGACCCUCACUCCUGCCUCCUUGGAGCCACUGCUCAGAGUCUACUUCCACCUGGGACAGAUGUGUGAACCCAUUCCCUCUCUGGCUGAGUCUCGCACUUUGGCACAGAAAUCCCUGAGCUGCCUUAGCCCAUCUCACAAGCGACUGGAGCAUCCUGAGCCCUACCAGCACUUUCUGAGAAGUUGCACACCUUGCUGAAAGGCCUGGUCCAGAGCAACCAGGAAGGCCCCUGAGGUUGGAAAGGAGCUUAUCGCUCCAUCUGUCUGCUUUGUCCGAGUCCCAGAGGUCUCUGGGGAAUGGGAGUGGAGGGAGAGCAUCUCCCCUUGAACGCCCUCUGCAAAGCCACAUUAAAGUUUUGGUUCUCUUUGAUGGA